UCUCAUCAGUCCCAAAAGCACAAAAGCAGUUUAAUCCAAUUUAACGCGACUACUUCGCUGCUCAUCCUCUUGGUGACGACGACGAGAAUUGCUGAAGACGCCAAGACGACGCCAAGAUGACGAUGACGAAGCUUUUGAUUACGUGCGUAUUGUUAUUUGCCUGCUGCAGCUAUGGUCAAGCGCAGAUUUUGCCGGCCGGUGGUCAGCCAACUCCAGGAGCCAGUGACUAUACCAAACUCCUUCUCCAGGUCCAGAACUACCUUCUUCAACUGCAGUCCACUGUGGUUGACCACAAGCAGCUUCUGAUGACCAUGAAGGACAAGGUGAACGACCUCGCGGCCACUGACCAGCAACUAACCUACAAUAUCACCCUGCAGGGGAACCUUGCACACAGCCAGAUACAGAAUCUACAGAAGCAGAUGACAUUGGUUUCCAACCAGAAUGCCAAUGUGACGGCAUUGGUCCAAUCCCUGCAAUUGACCGUCUCCAGUCUACAGAGGGAGAUAGGAGCGAAGGAAAUCGUCAUGAAGGCACAGGAGGCCAAACUUGACCUUCUGUCCGAGCAAGUCGCCAAUCUGACCGCUGUUCUCAGUGAUCAGGUCGCCUUGACCAGUUACCACAGCAGCCAAAUCAAGACUCUGGAACUGGCUUUGGAGAAGCAAAUCGCCAAGGUUUCGGCUCUAGAGGCGAACCAACAGGCACUAAAAAGCACAACAAAACCAGCUGUUGAUCCCAGCAAAUUUGGAUUUACCAAAUACCAGAACUCGUGGUACAAAUACGUGAAGAGAGUUUCCAAUUGGAAUGACGCCGAUGUCUACUGCCAGCAAUUGCUCCCAGGAGCCCGUCUUGUCUCCAUAGAAAAUGAACAAGAGAACAACUUCGUAUGGAACCUGGUUAAGGACGUUCAUUCCGACGACCGCGUUUGGUUGGGUGCCCAUGACAAAAAUCGGGAAGGUACUUGGUUCUGGCUGAAUGGCAAGCAGAUGACGUACAGUAAAUGGGACCGUGGUCAACCCGACAACCGGUAUGACGAAGACUGUCUUGACAUGUGGCAAGAGCACGGUCGCUGGAACGAUCUGGACUGUUCCGAUCGAAACCAAGGACUCGUCUGCGAAAUCAAAGCAACUACUUAA